UACUGCUCGCUUGCUGCCACGAGCGCUUGAAGGCAGGAAAUGAGGCAGAGAAUUGAGGAGUGAGGACUAAGGACUGAGGAUUGAAGUUUUGCUUUUCAAAGCGGUUGGCCGGCAGGCACGGCGGUCAUGCUCGCGAGAUUAUUCUAUAUCAUCGCGUGCGUGCAUGGCCGUCUCUGUCGUCGUCGUCGUCGUCGUCGUCGUCGUCGCCGCACACAUAUACGCACACUACACGCGCACACUACGCGCACACACGCACACGCACACCCCCUGGAUACCCUUAUGUAUGUAUAUAUGUCGCGUUCUGUCGUCGAGUUUUUUCUUGUUAUUCUUGGCUUUGCUUCUAAACUUUUUUUGCUUUUGUAUGGGUUUUUUGUUUGUGGCUUGUGGUUUUCCGAUGGAUAAUGGAACGAACGGAUGGCAUGGGAUUGUAUGGAUGGGGCUGUAUGAGCGGGGUAGAGAGUGAGGAUUGGAAGUGUAUGUAUGGAAUAGGAUGGAUGCUGAUGCUAUGGUAUAGCGUGGCAUGGUGUGGUGUGGUGUGGUGUAGCUUAUAUAGUGUGGGUAAAUAUACUUAUACUUAUAACCUACC